UUCCCACGCACCCCCCCCCAAUAAUAUUGCUAGUAGAAACUGACACACACUCCGAGUUAUUCAUCCACAAACAUAAUGACUGGAAGAGUUGUUUUUCUGGGACUCCUGCUCAUCUGUGUGGCUGCAGAUGCUGUGGAGAACUCUGGACUCCUGAGAAAGCCUUCCUGUCCUGACAUGGAGGAGGUUGUGGCAUGCCCUUUGAACCUGGCCCCUGUGUGUGGCAGCGAUGGAAACACCUAUGCCAACGAGUGUACCCUGUGUGCCCACAGACAAACAACCAAGAUGGACAUUUUGAUUGCCAAAGAGGAGAGCUGCUGACCUGCGCAACCGAACGUGGAACCUGCAUGCAACCUGUGAAAUGACGGAUCCCAUGUCCUAAAUGUUUGUGUCAUUGCAAUGAGUAAUAAAUGUCAUUCAGCAGUCCA